AUGGGUGAAACCAAAAGAAAGCCAGGAAUUCUAAAAAUAGAUUUUAUCCACAGAGAAAAUCCCUGGUUUUCUCUUGGUGUCACCCAUAUAAAAUAUUUGAACCAAUUAAUUAAAUGUGAUGUUGAAGGACUUUAUAUAAAUAUUUUGAAACAGCAAAUAGAAGAGACUGAAAGUCUUAAGAAGAGACUAAAAAAGAAUGAAAUUAUUGUCGAAGUAGUCUGA